UUGAAUCGUUGAAAGUUAAAUGAGGAGAAUUCAGAAAGGAUGACAAAGUUUUUGUUACCGUCCAAAGAAGCAUUCCAUGGAGAGUUUGGGAUUACAUAUAGUUAAUGGGGCCUGUAUUUAAUAUACGAUUUUGGAAGCGUAAGUUCCUCAAAGUUCUCUCUCUCUCUCUCUCAAUAAUCUGAGACAGACGUUGAAGGUUUGGGAUCUCUCUUUCAAUUCACCAUGCAUCCUAGCGAGCUCACUUCAAAUUCGAACAAGAAUUCCAGUCCUACAUGCUCGCAGACAGAUAAUGGUUAUAUGGAUUCAGUUCCUCUCUCGGAUUCAGAGAAGGUAGUGAAGGAGUUCUUCCAACAACAGCCUGUCAAGGGCGUUGAUGAACAUCUUAUUGAGUUCUCCGAGGAAUUGAGAACUGUUGCAAAGGCAUUGCGACGAGUAGCUGAAGGAAAGGCUUCUGCUCAAGCUGAGGCAGCUGAGUGGCAACGUAAAUAUGAAUUGGAAAGGGCACGGAAUUUGCGGAAGGGGCAUGAAGAACUGUCAUCUGGGGGUAGUCAUUGCGAUACUACAAGUGAGAAUCCAGGGAGAAUAUCCAAUCAAAAUGUUAAGACAAAUAUGGCCAAUGAUCAAUCUGAAAGAUGUUGCGGAAAGCAUGGAAUCUGCUCCCAUGAGGUUCUUAAGGAUGGAGAGGCAGAAUCCAAUCCCAUGGUGGUUCCAAAAAAGGCAUCUUUCAAACUUCAGUGGGGUUGCAAUGGUGAGAAAAAUGGCCAGCACAAGCAUGACGUUGUUUCUUUCGAAAGUGGAAAUAUAACAACUGCAGCACGCAGCAGUAAACAGAUUUUCUUGAAGUGGGAAACACACCCUCAGACUGUACUUAUUUUGACAAAACCAAAUUCAACUUCUGUUCGAGCUAUAUGUGCAGAAAUGGUCAGAUGGCUGAAAGAUCAGAAGAAAAUCAAUGUAUAUGUUGAACCACGAGUAAGAACAGAGCUACUAUCAGAGUCUUCUUACUUUAACUUUGUACAGACUUGGAAAGAUGAUGAGGAAGUAAUGUUCCUACACACGAAAGUUGAUCUUGUUGUAACUCUCGGGGGAGAUGGAACUGUUCUUUGGGCAGCAUCAAUGUUCAAAGGACCAGUUCCUCCUCUUGUCCCAUUUUCCCUUGGAUCUCUAGGCUUUAUGACUCCAUUUCAAAGUGAGCAUUACAGAGAAUGCCUGGAUGCAGUCCUAAAGGGGCCCAUUAGUAUCACAUUAUGCCACCGGUUGCAGUGCCAUGUUGUUAGAGGCGCAGCCAAAGAUGAACUAGAGACCGAAGGACCUUUUCUUGUACUGAAUGAUGUUACAAUUGACCGUGGUAUUUCUUCCUUCCUCACAAACCUGGAAUGUUAUUGCGACAACUCCUUUGUGACAUUAGUUCAAGGGGAUGGAUUGAUCUUAUCAACAACAUCUGGAAGCACUGCAUAUUCACUGGCGGCUGGAGGAUCAAUGGUCCAUCCACAGGUUCCUGGCAUUCUCUUUACUCCUAUCUGCCCGCAUUCUUUAUCGUUUAGGCCUCUGAUACUACCGGAGUAUGUAACACUGAAAGUGCUAGUGCCUUCCAACAGUAGGGGGCACACAUGGGCAUCAUUUGAUGGCAAGGGCAGGAAACAACUCGCACCUGGGGAUGCACUUGUUUGCAGCAUGGCACCUUGGCCUGUUCCUACGGCAUGUCAAGAAGAUUCUACCAUUGAUUUCUUGCACAGCAUUCAUGAUGGCCUUCACUGGAAUUUGAGAAAAAAACAAUCAUCGGAUGGUCCCCGAGAUUUGUAGUUGCUGAUAUUCAAUGAAUGCAUCUUAUCUGCAACAUCCCUGAUAGUUGAGGAUCCACAUCACUUCUGCUGUUGAUAUAGAAAGAAAGGAACCUACAUCUCUUUGAGAUUUGUCUGUUUGAUUCAGGAUGAGUUUCUAUGUAAUCCCACGUCGAUGUAUGUAUGUAUGUAAUGUAUCAUUAAUUUGUUCAGCCCUGUCUGCUAUCUGAGCCUGCUUUUGCAGGGAUCCUUUGCUGUAUUCACCAUUUAGAAAAUUGUAGACUGCACGCAUCAUGAAAGUUUGUCUUGAAGAAAAAUUACAAACAAAAUAAUGGGAAAAGUAUCUCUGAGACUAAGGUAAAUUCUUCCCUUAAA